GUGAUUCUGUCAGAGCCACACUGAGGAUAUGAUGCAGUGAGCUCAAAGGAAAGCAUGCAUGGAAACAAGGGUUAUCAGAUCUGAUUCUUCUGCAGAAUAAAGUUAGGAGGAGGAAAUUAAAGCUCUGGGUGAUGAGGGGAAGAUGCACACUGCUGGAGGAACGCUCACGCAGUCGGUGCAAAGGUUCGCGAUGACGGUUUGUUGGAUGUUUUUGUUUUUCUUAGUGUGCAGGAUUUCCAAUGCAGCUGAGGCUCAGGACACCUGCCCGAGUAAUGACAAACUUCAGCCUUUCUGCAUUUGUGCCGGACAAAGCGUCUCUGUGCCGUGCCCCAAGCUGAGCGGUGAAGAGUUCAAAUUCUCCCUCUUAAAAGACGAAGUGGAGAUUUACAACCACACCUGCAGUCACGUCAACAGAACACCACAGUGUGAACCGCUGCACACCAGAGCGGGAGUCCAGCUGAUCAGUGAAGGGAACAGCUCUCUCAGUUUCAUGCUCACUGGCCUGAACGCCAGCAGCCAGGGUGUCUACAGGUGUAAGGGCACGGUCCGGUUCCCUCCUCCCUUGUGUCGAACAAAAGGAGCUGUGGUACUGGUUCUGAUAAAAGAGCAUCUGUGCAACAUCAAAAAACAUCUGGAUACAGAACCUGGUGACCACAGCAGGGGAUUCCCCUGGGUUUGGGUUCUGGUGCUGGUUCCUGUCACUGUCUACGGUAUAAUCGUCAGCAUAUUCGCCUUGUUCUUCUGGCUCAAACUGAAGAGGACCGACUCUCAGAGCGACUACAUGAACACCAAACCCAGAGCGCCCAGAGGCCACAGGAAGAAGCGAGGAGUUCAGAAUCCUACGCCACGAUACUUUUGAUCAGCCGGAGACCAUUCCCCCAUCGAUACGACUAUUGACACUUUUCUGUUUGGUGUUACGUUUAACAUAUCAUCACAUUUUAUUUACAGUCACUUUACGGAGUCGUCCUUGAAGGCAUCAUAAUCUAACAUCUGCCAGCUCGUUAAGUCUGCUAAUUGAGUUUAAUUCUGCUGAUUUAACACAGAUAUCCACAAGACGUCACAAUGCGUCAUCAUCAAUUCUCAUAAACCCAUGUCUUAGAAACAACAGAACAUCAGGCCACGCCCAUCUCGCCCUUUUGUCCAUUUUGGCCAGUGCCUACAGCCCUUUUUUGGUUCUUUAAGUUUGUAUUUAUUAAGUGACUGCAUUUUUCAUUUACGUUUACAAAGCUGGGAUUUUGUUCUACUUUAUUUGAAGAGGCUGUAACUCUUGUUCACACAGAUUUCUUCAGAUUUUCUCAAUCUUUUGACGAUGUUAUGGCCUGUAGAUGGUGGGAGAUUCAAAGUCUUUAGAGUUUUACUUUGAAGAACAUUUUUCCGAAAUUGCUCGACAACUUUUAGACUAUUUUAGACCUCUGCCUCUCUAAAAUGCUCCUUUUAUACCCAGUCAUGUUAAUAUAUAUUAAUAAAUUAAAAAUGAUACUAUAACCCAGUGUUACUCAACCUAAGAGCCAAACUGUUGAAAAAAACAU